GCUAACCGUGCAGUAUGGCGGACGAUGGAGACAGUUCGAGCGGACCAGUUGACACAAGCGGCGGGCAGGGGGCAGCGGAUGAGUCGGACGGGCUCGGCCUCGGCGGGAUGUUGCUGAAUAUCGGUAUUUUGGUUCUGGUGGUGGCGGUCUGUCUGGCGGUGUACCGGCGGUGGGGCAGGCGGCUCGGCUCCGACGCGGCCCAGGGCGACGAGGCCUCGGCGCUUCCCAAGAUGAGGAGACGGGACUUCACUCUGGAGCAGCUGCGGGAGUACGACGGACUCCAGAACCCUCGCAUCCUGAUGGCUGUCAACAUGAAAGUUUUCGACGUGACCAGCGGAAAAAAGUUUUACGGGAAAGAUGGUCCUUAUGGCAUUUUCGCGGGCCGGGAUGCUUCAAGAGGCCUGGCCACCUUCUGCCUGGAGAAAGACGCCCUGAGGGACGAGUAUGACGACUUAUCAGACCUCAACGCUGUACAGAUGGAGAGCGUGAGGGAGUGGGAGAUGCAGUUCAUGGAAAAAUACGAUUACGUCGGGAGGUUGCUGAAGCCCGGAGAUGAGCCAUCGGAGUACACGGACGAGGAAGACAUCAAGGACCACCUGAAACACGACUGAGCGGUUCCAUCACACCGACCAAAGCCAGGAGCCCCAAACAGCUGCGUCAGACCGCCCCAGCCCCCCAGACCUCCUCCUCCUCCUCCUGCCCCAUCAAUCUACCUGCCGUUUUCUUCGCCUGCCCCGCUCCCCAGACUCUUCACCGCCUGAAGCUGUCCGAUGCCGUGGCUGUUCUGGAAGGACAGGACUCAAGUCUGAACACCCAGACCUCCUUCCCUCUUCAUCCUGCAGAGAUUACCAACAACAGAAAGCAAUUGGAAACCUUAGAGGAGGGGCUUUUUUAACGACAGCGAACACGUAUGGUUGGGGGAGGUUGUGCCAUUAGAUGUAUCUGAAACAAAACCACAAAAUAUUGUUUGUUUGUUUUUUUUCUUUUGGGGGCGGGGUCAUUGUGGUCGCCGCUGAGCGCUGGGUGGAGGUUGGUCAGAGUUAGUCAGAAACACACUGGUCAGAGAUGAUCAGUGGAUCGGGAUGGGGAAACAGAUUUCUCUCUCUUUUUAUCUGUGGUUUAGUCACAUUGCAACUGAAACUGCUUCAGCUUCGGACAGCUUAUCAAUCAAUCACUUCUGUUUUAUGUUCAAAUCACCCCCCUCCCCCCCCUUGUUGAGAGGGCAGUGCUGUGGCCUAACCAAAGGUAAUUGGCGGGGCGUCGCAUUUUCCUGUUGUGUUUGUAGUGUAUGCACUACUAGUUUUCUUUGUUUGUCACCAUGUGAUUGUAUUUGUUGAGUAGCAUAGAGGGAGGGAGAGGAAGGCUUCUUCUUUUUUUUUUUGUUUUGUUUUUUGUUUUUUUUUUGAAUGGGGUGGGGUUGGGGGGGGGGUCAAAGGUCCUUGCCAUAUGAAACCUGUUUUGCAUCACAUCAGAUGGACUGAAUCACUGAUCGGGAAUACAAAGGGAAGGUGAUAAGGCAGUCCUAAUCAAUCGACUCAAUUGUUUACAUGCCUCACAAGCCAGCUGCAAGUCUGUAGAUUCCCCUGAAAAUGGUCCAAGUAUUAAUUGUGCCUUAUUUUGUUUGCUGUGUCAGUCCUGACUGGUCUAGCGGAGGAGGUGAGCGAAGGGAUGGAUGGAGGUGUUGGUUUUUCCUAGACUCGGUGCCCCAGACUUUAAAGAAGGCAUACGUUCUCUGACAGUCGUCCUCGCACAGACUGUAAUAUUUCCCCACUUCACAAACUUUGUAAAUAGACCGUAUCAAUUACUCAGUGUUACUGCCAUAUUUAUGUAGUUGAUGAACUCCAUAUACGUAUAAUGCUAUGUCGUAUUGGCCAAAACCCCCAUGGUUUGUGUUUUUUUUUUUUUUCCUUUUUGUUUGUUUUUUUUUCUCCUUUCAGUUCUGAACUUCUUUUUAAACGUGUGUGAAUUUCCAAAAAAAAGAAGAAAAAAAAAGGAGCGUUGCAAAGUGCUGCAGGGCGGGACCGGGAGCUGUUCUUGCGAAUUUUUUUCGGAGACGUUGCUUAUCCUGUAAAUAUAUCUAUCAUUUUAUUAAAGCAUGUGCAACAACAAAGUCAGCUAUGCCGAAUUCCCACCACGUCAUGUAUUUAAAUGUUGGGUGUGUGUGUGUGCGUGUCUGCGUGACAGAGGCAGGAAGGGAUUUGUUCAUGCAUAAUAAAUCGAUUUGGUUAAUAA